AUGCGUCUCGACUUGAUCGUUUUAGUGCUUGCUACCUGUUUCCUGGCUCCCGUUGAAAGCACCUCGAAGGCGACUAAACAAGCCUACUCUGCGGUUAUUGACGCCCACGCUAUCCGUCCAGCUCGUAGCUUAUUAGCCGAGGCCGACGUGGUCAAAGCUGACGAAGAGAGAGCUGGCGUGGGAAAUGCAGUAGAAGCUCUAGCGGCAGGUACUUCGAAACUCAUCGACGUGGCUAAACUGGAGAAGUAUUUGAACAAGAAAAAGACAGCAGUUUACGUAUUGAACAAAUUACAAUUCGGAGAUGACGUCGCGGGUGCUUUGAAGAACACGAAUCUGGAGGCGUUGAAUACGUACAUUGCGAUGCUCAACAAUAAAAACUCGGACGAGGUAAUCACAUUGAUCGGGACUCUUUCGGCACGAUAUGGAGAUGACGCUGUGGCGAAAGCUCUAGUUACCGCAGAAAGGAAUGCUGAGAAGGCUCCGGAGCUGGCGGCGCUAGCAAAGCAGUUGAGGUCUCAGCAAGUAUUUGCUUGGUUGGACAACGGUAAAUCUGUCGAUGAUGUGUUCAACCUACUUAAGCUUCGUGGCAAUGACUACGAAGCGCUCACAAGCCGAAAACUAGAUGUACUGGAGGACUAUAUCACGAAGUUCAACCGCGAGAACCCUGACCACAAAACUAACUUGGUGAAGACGUUGACAAAGGGCUUCGGUGGUGAAACCAACUUGGUGGGUGUUCUACAGCGUGCAAAAGGCGACAUUCGUACAAGGACGAAGGCUUUUCAAUUGGAGGAGGGGCUGAUUAGGCAGUGGGUGCGCGAAAAAUUGGAACCUGCAAGAGUCAUGGCGCUGCUAAAUCUUGACAAUGAUGUCAACGGUGUGUUAAAUAGUAGCAACCUCAAGAUAUUCCAGAAGUACCUCCAGGAAUUCAACACGGACAAUCUGAACAGCCCGGUGACAUUGCUUACGGCGUUGACGUCGAAGUAUGAUGAAGGUGAUGUGGCAAAAGCAAUUAUAUCUGCACUGAGGCACGAGAAUACACCUCUGGAGAAGCUCGCGGUGAGAUUGCAGAACGAGCUGUUAGAUGGAUGGAUGAAGCGGGAUAUGUCCGUGGAUGACGUUUUCAAGCUUCUGAAGUUUAAUAAUGAUGUCUCUGUCGUUGUGAGCCGAAACUUGGAGACACUGAAGGAAUAUAUUCGGUUAUAUAAUCGUGUGAAAUCUCAAGACGAAACGCUGGCUGGUGUAUUGGCGAGGGGCUUCGGCGGCGAAUCAAAUCUGGCGCAGAUUCUUGUGGGGGCGAGAUCGUUUCCCCAGCUGAACGCACAAGCUAAGAAGCUGCAGAGGGCGCAAUUCAAGGAGUGGAACGAAAGAAUGAACGUGAGUCCGAGACGUGUUUUGCCCAAGAUAUUUGAUGUAACGGAGACCAGUGCCACCGAACUCCAGAAAAGAGUGGUACGGGAUUUCAAGACUUACGUUAAGGAUCAGAACGCUGCUGCGAACAGAAUCGUGGAGCCUCGACGCCUUAGAACUUGA